AUGACUUCAUUAACAUGGGGACUGAUCUGCUUCAUCGGCUAUCUGACAUCAGGGGCUCUGGGAGUUUUCCCACAGCUUCGGGCCCAGCACCGACAGAUCCACUCAGGUAGUCCACUAAUCCCACGAGCGUCCCCUAAAGUACACGCAAGGGUUUCUCAGUGGUUUGAAGAAUCUGCUGAGCAAAUCUCCGACGAAGCCCUGAGCACUGAGAGUGAUUACACUGACCGAGGCUUCCAGCAGCAGCAGAGCGUCCGGCCAGGAGUCAGCAGCCUCCAGGCGCAGGAGAGAUGGAGGAGUGACAGGGCAGCUGGCAGCAGUAAUUCCAGGUCUCGCUAUCAGCCUGCCGAUCACCUGCUGCCAAAGAGGGAGCUGCCCUCACCGCUGCAACUCAAUCCUGCACCGUUCACAUCCCGGCAGCCUGCUAAAGACUUGAGGGUCUCUGCUGCACCCAUCAGAGCUGCUGCAGCAACAAGAUCCAACUGCAGAAAUCGGCCCAUGGACCUGGUCUUUAUCAUAGACAGCUCCCGUAGUGUACGUCCGGCUGAGUUUGAGAAGGCCAAGGACUUCUUGGAAGACAUGGUGGACACCUUGGAGAUCGGGUACGAUGCCACCAGAGUUGGCCUCGUCAAUUAUGCCAGCACAGUGCAGAUCGAGUUCCUGCUGAAGACGUAUUUUGACAAGUUUGCCCUAAAGAAGGCACUGGCCAGAGUCGAGCCCCUUGCCUCAGGCACCAUGACAGGCUUGGCCAUAAAGACCGCUAUGGAGAAAGCAUUCACUGUUGAAGCAGGGGCCCGGGCUAGUUCUUUGAACAUUGCCAAAGUGGCCUUCAUAGUGACGGACGGGAGGCCCCAGGACAAGGUGGACGAAGUGUCAGCCGCAGCCCGUGCCUCUGGGAUUGAGAUUUACGCAGUGGGAGUGGACAGAGCUGAUAUGAUGUCUCUCCGCCUCAUGGCCAGCCCUCCACAUGAUGACCAUGUCUUCUAUGUCGAGACCUAUGGUGUCAUAGAGAAGCUAACUUCCAUAUUUAGGCAAACCUUGUGUGGUAAGGAUGAUGAUAAUGGGAGUGCGGACACUCCAUUAAAUGGUGGAAUUGAUGAUUAUGACCUUAGUGGGAUAAAUAAUGAAAAUGACGAUAAAGGAAACAACGGUUUGGAUGCAUGUGCUAUUGGACACGAUUGCCAGCAUAUUUGUCUCAACAAUGGCGACUCGUUCAACUGCAAGUGUCGCUCGGGCUACGUCUUGAACCCGGACAAGAAAACCUGCUCACGUUCAGAUAUGUGUGCCCAGGGACAUGACUGCCAACAUAUUUGUGUGACAACUGAUGACUCGUACACCUGCAAGUGUCGAAUGGGAUAUGUGUUGAAUCCAGAUGAGAAAACAUGUUCACGUUCAGAUGCAUGUGCCCAUGGAAAUGACUGCCAGCACAUUUGUGUCAACAAUGAUGACUCGUAUAUCUGCAAGUGUCGAUUGGGAUAUGUAUUGAAUCCAGACCAGAAAACAUGCUCACUUCCAGGAUUGGAUGCUUGUGCCCAGGGACAUGAUUGCCAGCACAUAUGUGUCAACAAGGGGAACUCAUUCAUCUGCAAGUGUCGAGUGGGAUAUGUCCUUAACAUGGAUAGGAAAACAUGCUCACAGGAAAUGAGAGGUGAAAUAACCCAAGAUGCCUGCAUGUGUGAAGCCCAGAUUGUGUUCCAGAAAAAAGUGCAGUCAGCUAUCCAGGAGCUCAGCGGAAAACUAGAUGAACUUUCAGAUAAAGUGAAUCUGAUUGAAGCUCAACGGCAGUAUUAA